GUAAACUCGGUGAACAAGAUGAACUUGGUACGAAAUGUCUAUCCAGUGCACCUUGUCAGCUGAUACCAGACGGCACUGAGUGAAAAUGGAAAAUUUGCCCCUUCCCUCCCCACAAAGUUUCACCCCACCAAAUCUGAAGUGCGAAAAUCGUUGACCGGAGGGGCCGCCAUAUCACCACGACUCCGUCCAUCGAAACCACAACAACUUCGCCAUCCGAACCGACGACAUCCGCAAUAGAAUAUACGCGGACAGAGUCAAUAUGGCGCAAACCAACAACUGGGUAGAUAUCGUGGAGAGCUGCCCGCCGGGCGACGGCUGGGGCCCUCCAGUCACUACCGACACCACAUUGAAUGGAGUUCCCUAUGCUCCCUUUUCCAAGGGCGACAAGCUUGGGCGCAUGGCCGACUGGACGACUGAUGGCAAGACGGAUGGUCGUGGAGGAAGACAGCAGUAUAACCGGAAUUACAGGGAUCAACAAGUUUACGGCUCAAACUCUGCCGUCACAUUCAAUGCCCCCCCUGCCGAGGACGAAUCUUCCUUCUCCGUAGUCAGCAACACUCGAGACACUGCCAAGACAAGGUACGGCCGAGGCGCCAUCUUCACCCGCGGCCGCGGUCAGCGUGGUGGCCGUGGCGACGCCCGGACAGCUCGCAGCUCCGCGCUUAACCGGACGGGUCCGCCAGUGGGACGUGGUGGCGGCUACAACGCGGAACGCGGCCGGGGUGGUGGUCAUCGCGGCCGCCGCUUUGGCUGGAAGGACUACGACAAGCCCCAGCGUAACCGCGACGCCAGCAUCAACAUCAAGCCCGACUGGACUCUUCUGGAGGAGAUGGAUUUCAACCGUCUUGUCAAGCUGAAUUUGGAGACGGACGACGGCGAGGACGUGGACAGCUACGGCUUCGUCUACCAGUACGACCGCUCCUACGACAAGCCGCCCGUCAAGGGCGCCGAGAAGAAGCUCACCCCGAUCGACCGCGCUGCCUACAACGUCACCACUUCGUCCGAUCCCAUCAUUCAGGAACUCGCGGAGAAGGAUGAGGCCGUUAUCUUCGCCACCGACAGCAUUCUGUCCGUGCUCAUGUGCGCCCCCCGCUCGGUAUACUCCUGGGACGUGGUCAUCGUGCGCCAGGGCAACAAGAUCUUCCUGGACAAGCGGGACAACGCUGCGCUAGAUAUGGUGACGGUCAACGAGAACGCCGCCGACGCGCCCCUCGAGGCCGAAGGUGGCAAGGAGGGGAUCAACAACCCGCCCGCCCUGGCCGAGGAGGCGACCUACAUCAACCACAACUUCGUCAACCAGGUCGUCAUCGAGAACGACAGCCGCCGGGUCGACAUGCCCCACGCCAACCCCUUCUACAACGCCUCUGAGGAUACGGAUCCGCCCGCCUCCAAGGCGUACAAGUACCGCCGCUUCGACCUGUCGACCGCCGACGAGGAGGAGAACCCCGUCCACCUCAUCGUCCGGACCGAAGUGGACGCCGUUCAGAAGAACGCCAUCUCGAGCGAGGACCAGUUCCUGACGAUCAAGGCCCUCAACGAGUUCGACUCCAAGGCCCAGGGUAGUGGUGGUGCUCUCGACUGGCGGACCAAGCUCGUGAGCCAGCGUGGUGCUGUCGUCGCCACCGAGAUGAAGAACAACAGCUGCAAGCUGGCUCGCUGGACCGUGCAGAGCAUCCUGUCCAAGUCGGAUGUUCUCAAGUUGGGCUUCGUGUCCCGUGCCAACCCACGCUCUAACGAUAAGCACGUUAUUCUCGGUGUUAUUGGCUGGAAGCCUCGUGACUUCGCUGCCCAGAUGAACCUUUCUCUUAACAACGGCUGGGGUAUUGUCCGCACCAUUGCUGACAUGAUUCUUGCCCGUGAGGACGGCAAGUACAUCCUCGUCAAGGACCCUAACAAGCCUGUACUCCGCCUUUACCAGGUUCCUGCCGGUAGCCUGGACGGUGAUGAGGACGACCAUGAGGAAGAGGAUGUGGCGGAGGAGAGUGCUGAUGAGUAAAACGAAGGCGCCUGGCGAGAUAAUAGCUGUGGAGGACCAGAUUGUUGCCCACUACACCAGCAAAAGUGGGAGAAUCGAUGGGGGAAAAGUUUCCGUGAUUAGCUAGGUAACUGGCUGGCGGGCAGC